ACUCUUGCACCUUGAAAACACACAGAUACAUAAAAAGAAAAGAACACCACUGUUCACUGUUCCUUUUUGAGCAGCCAUGGAUGUUCUUCUCAUCUUAUGCUUGUCCGUUCCAAUGUUGUAUUCAAUCUAUGUCCUCUCCAAGUUACUGAUUAUGAAUCGAAGAGGGAAAUCAUGUUACAUGGUGGCCUAUGAAUGCUUCAAGCCACCAGAGGACACAAAACUCGACACAGAUUCCUGCACAAGAAUCGUGAUGCGCAACAGAAACCUUGGCUUAGAGGAGUACAGAUUCCUCCUCAAAACCAUCGUCAACUCCGGCAUCGGCGAGAACACUUACUGCCCACGAAUCGUUCUCGACGGCAGAGAAGAAUGCCCCACUCUCAAAGACAUUCACGACGAGAUCGACGAGAUCAUGUUCCAAACCCUCGAUAACCUCUUCAACAACACCGGAAUCGCUCCCUCCGACGUCGACAUCCUCGUCGUCAAUGUCUCCUUAUUCUCCCCCUCACCUUCCCUCACCUCGAGAAUCGUCAACCGCUACAAGAUGCGAGAGAAUGUUAAGAGCUUCAAUCUCUCUGGAAUGGGGUGCAGUGCCAGCGUGGUUGCUAUUGAUUUAGUGCAACAGCUCUUUAAGUCUUACACCAACUCCAUCGCCGUCGUGGUUAGCACGGAGGAUCUCGGUGCUCAUUGGUAUUGCGGAAGGGACAAGAUGAUGAUGCUCUCUAACUGUCUCUUGCGAUCCAGCGGCUGUUCAAUGCUCUUCACUAACAAACCAAGCAUGAAGAACCGCGCAAUCCUCAAACUCAAGCACAUGCAGAGAACACAGUACGGUGCAGACGACGAAGCUUACAGUUGCUGCAUACAGGUAGAAGACGAGCAAGGCCACGCCGGUUUCCGGUUAACCAAGAGUCUGGUCAAGUCAGCAGCUCUGGCCUUGACCGUUAACCUCCAAGAAAUGGCGCCAAAGAUUCUCCCUCUCUGGGAGCGAGUCAGAUUCUUCCUGGUUUGUGUUCGUAAAAGCAUCAAGAAAGGUGAAACCUUGAGAGUUUUGGAGAUUCUUCUUGGGAACAAGAAUAAGACGAAGAAGGGGAGCUUGAUGAACAACGUUCUUGGCGGUGGAGGGUUGAAUUUCAAGGCGGGGAUAGAGCAUUUUUGCGUGCACCCCGGAGGGAGAGCGGUUAUCGACGGCGUUGGGAAAGGAAUGAGGCUGAAUGAGUAUGACCUUGAGCCGGCGAGGAUGGCGCUGCACCGGUGGGGGAACACGUCGGCCGGUGGAUUGUGGUACGUUCUUGGGUACAUGGAAGCGAAGAAGAGGUUGAAGAAGGGAGAUCGGAUAUUGAUGAUAAGCCUUGGUGCUGGUUUCAAGUGUAAUAACUGCGUUUGGGAAGUUAUGAAAGAUUUGUCGGAUCAGAAUGUGUGGAAGGACUCCAUUGAUUCUUAUCCUCCUGCUUCUCUCGCCAACCCUUUCAAGGACAAGUACGAUUGGAUCAACGAUGAGGAUCUUAGCUUUGUUAGGUUCGAUUAUACCAAGUUUUCUUUGGGAUAAACACCAUUAAUGUCGCUUAAUUAUUGAUUAUUCAAAUAAGUUUCUGUUCAUGUAAAAAUAUAAAUUCGUGUAAAGGCGAUCAUUAAGAAUUUAAAGAUGGCACAUGUUAAUCCAUCUAAUGAUUCUUUACGUGAAAAAAAUAUUUUGAUG